AUGGCUUUGAAAUUCAGUCUAUUGUUUUUGCCCCUGUUGGCUCACAUUGUAAAUGCCCAGCAGCCUGCAACUUUUGAUAUCGGAAAGUACGGUGGCAAACCUAAUGCAAAUAUAGACCUGGCUCUAUCAUGUGCCUGGAAAGAGGCAUGUGCGGCUGCAACUCCAAGCACAGUUGUGGUGGUGGAGUUCUUGAUGGCCAAGGCAGAGAAGCAUGGACCAAAAACGAUUGCGGCAAAAAUCCCAAAUGCGUCAAACUGCCUUUGCAAAGAUUUCCACGUCAACGUGAUAGGGUGUAAGAAUCUUACAUUCCAACACUUCACGGUGAGUGCACCGGCCGAUAGUAUUAACACAGAUGGAAUCCAUAUUGCAAAGUCAGAAGGAGUAUAUGUCCUAGACUCCGUUAUAAAAACAGGAGAUGAUUGCAUCUCUGUUGGUGAUGGUAUGAAAGAACUCCAUAUUGAAAGGGUGACUUGUGGGCCUGGCCACGGCAUCAGUGUAGGAAGUCUUGGAAAGGGUGCGACCGAAGAAGAUGUGAUGGGGAUAUAUGUCAAGAACUGCACAUUCAUUGGCACAGAGAAUGGUAUUAGAGUGAAAACAUGGCCUUCUGCCCCAGCAAAGCUCCAGAUAACAGAUCUGCACUACGAAGAUAUUAUUAUGGAUAACGUUAACAAUCCUAUCGUCAUUGAUCAAGAAUAUUGCCCGUGGAAUCAAUGCAAACUAGACUCUCCAUCUCUCAUCAAGAUCAGUAAAAUGACCGUAAAAAACAUUAAGGGCACGUCAGCAACUCCUGUCGCAGUGUCGCUCGUUUGCAGCAAGGCCGCACCUUGCGAUGUGGAGGUGGGAGAUGUUGAUCUUGCAUACCGCGGAAAUCAAGGCCCUAUCACAACUAAAUGCAUCAACACCAAGCCCACUUUUGUUGGCAAGCAGAAUCCACCCAUCUGUGCCAAUGCUGCUCAGUCUUCUUAA